CGAAGGCGUGACCUAGCACUAGCACUAGCACUAGCACAUACAGCAAGAUGAGCAGCGGCGGCGGCGAGAAGUCGGGCUCCGUUGGCGGCGGCGGGGCGGUGAAGACGCCCUCCGACUUCCUCAAGUCCAUCAGGGGACGCCCCGUCGUCGUCAAGCUCAACUCCGGCGUCGACUACCGUGGUAUUUUGGCGUGUCUUGAUGGUUACAUGAACAUUGCAAUGGAGCAAACGGAAGAAUAUGUAAAUGGCCAGCUGAAGAACAAGUACGGCGAUGCUUUCAUACGAGGAAACAACGUUCUAUACAUCAGCACAACAAAGCGUACCCUCACAGAUGGUGCAUGAGAAGGUGCGACAGCAUGCAGUUCAAUGGGCCUGCCACUAUCGCAACUUGAUUUCUUCUGUGGUCAAAUCUCUAGAGAAUGUCUCCUGUCAAUCUCGUGGUUGCUACAUGGCGAGAGAUGCUGUCAGGAAUAGAAGACUAAUCACCAGAUAUUUGUACCCAAAAAAUACGCUAUGUUCGAUUUUUGCAGAUUCUACAGAUUGUGGUCUGCUGCGCUCUUGAUGUCUGUGGUGAUUAGUGGAUCUUCAGUGUUCAGUGAUAUGGAUAAGAUUUGUAUCUUGGGCUUGGUGCCUGCUGUCUUUGUACGGAUGGGUCACUGUACCGGCAUAUCCUCACGAUUUUAAUCGUCUCAUUGCAUGAUCCUCGGAUGGCCAUUAUACAUCCGUAGUAAUAA